AUGUACCCUUUGGUGAAGCACAAGCAUACGAUCCUCAACACUUCACUUGCCUACUGUUGUCGUCUUAUCGACCAGUGUUUCUCGUUGAAAUCCUCGAAGAAUGUCACAGUUCUUCAUGCUCUGUUAGUUAAAGUUGGCUUCAAUCGUUAUACUUUUCUGGGUAAUCGUUGUCUUGAUCUCUAUUGUCGAUCCGGUUCAUCUGCGGUUGAUGUUCUGAAAGUGUUUGAUGACAUAGCUUUAAGAAAUGUGGUAUCUUGGAACAUUUGUUUGAAGGGGUUAUUGAAUUUUGGGCAUAUAGAAAUGGCGUGCAGCCUCUUUGAUGAAAUGCCUGAAAGAGACGUCGUUAGUUGGAACUCGAUGAUUGUGGGGCAUGCUUCAUGUGGCCAUGUUGAUCGGGCAUUAGAAAGGUUUAGGCGGAUGCAAAUUUCGGGUGUGCAACCCAGUGAAUACACUUACUCAAUUUUGAUGUCAGUGGUGUUUGCCACACUUGGUGGUAGAGAACUUCAUGGGAGCUUGAUUCGUCGUGGAUUUAGCACUUCAAAUGUGGUUCUUGGAAAUUCCUUGAUUGACAUGUAUGGGAAGCUUGGCCUAUUAGACUAUUCUGUAGGUGUGUUCUUAGGAAUGAAAAAUAAAGAUAUCAUAUCUUGGAACUCAUUGAUCAUAUGUUUUUGUAAAUGUGGACACGGUGAAUUAGCUCUACAUUGGUUUUGGUUGAUGAGAUCCUUGGGGCAUUCGGUUGAUGCAUUCACAUUUUCUGCAAUCAUAAAUUGCUGCUCUGAUUUACGAAAAUUAAAUAAGGGUGAGCAGAGUUUAGCACUUUGCAUGAAAUUGGGAUUUCUUUGUAAUUCCCUUGUUUCAAGUGCAUCUAUUGACUUGUUUUCCAAAUGCAACAGAUUUGGGGAUUCUGUUAAGCUUUUUCAAGAAUUAGAGCACUGGGAUUCUGCAGUCUGCAACUCUAUGAUUUCAUGUUAUGCACGGCACCAUUUUGCAGAGGCUGCUCUUCUACUAUUUGUGCUUACAUUGAGGGAGGACAUAAGGCCUACAGAAUACACAUUUUCCAGCCUGUUAAGUGUUAUUCACAGUUUUCCAGUGGAGCAGGGAACUCAAAUCCACUGCUUAGUCAUCAGAUUGGGUUUUGACUCUGAUGCUAUUGUUGCUAGCUCGCUGGUGGAUAUGUACUCUAAAUUUGGGUUUGUUAACUGUGCUGUGGAAAUAUUUAGUCGCAUGACUGCCAAAGAUUUGACAUGUUGGAAUACGCUUAUUUUGGGAUUAACUCACAACAACAUGGUAUAUGAAGCCUUGGACACUUUCAAAGAACUGCUCCAGAGUGGCCCACGUCCAGAUAGAAUCACUUUCUGUGCAGUUCUCUUAGCUUGCACUUAUGGUGGAUUUGUUGAUGUUGGACUAACUCUAUUUUCGUCGAUGAUUGAUGAUUAUGGAAUUCCACCAAGCAAUGAACAUUUUGCUUGCUUAGUCAAUUUGUUGUUUAAAGCUGGUAGGUUCGACGAGGCAGUGGAACUCAUAAAAGAGAUUCCUUAUGAACCAGAUUGUUUAGUUUGGGAGUCAUUACUUGAUGCCUGUGCAAUUGGAGACCUGAAUCUCAUAGAGGGAAUGGUGGAGAGGUUGAUGGAAGUUAUGCCUGACCCUUCUAUGGCCUAUCAGCUGUUAACUAGAAUAUAUGAAAUGCAGGGAAAAUGGGAAUCGUUGGUCCGGCUCAAAAAUACGAUGAGAAGUUUGGUGAAGCCGGUGGUGGGAUUUAGCUGGAUUGGUAUGAAAAACCAGAUUUAUGUUUUUGAUGCUAAGCAGUUAGGACAACCUGGCGGUAAAGAUGUUUAUUGUACUAUGAGGUUACUGACUUGGGAGAUGGAGGAUGAAGCUGUCACGUCAAGGAGCACUAUGAUUGAUUCUAUAUGA